CCACUUUGGAAAGAGCUCCAUCAUUCUGCAAUACAUGGGCAGUACACCAGGUCGGCGCGCAUCUUAAUCGACCGUUGCGAGCUCAGCCCAUCCGGAUACCACGAUUCGACUCCCAACAUCUCGCAGCGCAUCUGUUGAGCGGGCCAAGAUGGCGUCGAGGGGUCUCCAGUUUAUCUCGUCGGCAGCGAUUCCGGCGGCCGUGGCUGUCGGACUAAUCCAGUCGUCCAUGUACGAUGUCAAGGGUGGCUCCCGAGCAGUUAUUUUCGACAGGUUGAAGGGUGUCAAGGAGGAGGUGGUCAGCGAGGGCACGCAUUUCCUGAUUCCCUGGCUUCAGAAGGCCAUUAUCUUCGAUGUCCGGACAAAGCCGCGAAUCAUCCCGACAACGACGGGGAGCAAGGAUCUACAGAUGGUCAGCUUGACGCUGAGAGUGCUACACCGGCCGGAAGUGCAAGCACUGCCCAAGAUCUACCAGAACCUCGGCCAAGACUACGACGAACGUGUGCUGCCAUCGAUUGGCAACGAAGUGCUCAAGUCGAUCGUGGCGCAGUUCGACGCGGCGGAGCUCAUCACCCAGCGCGAGGCGGUGUCCCAGCGGAUCCGGCACGAUCUUUUGAAGCGGGCGAGCGAGUUCAACAUUGCCCUUGAGGACGUGUCCAUCACACACAUGACGUUCGGCAAGGAGUUCACCAAGGCGGUCGAGCAGAAGCAGAUUGCCCAGCAGGAUGCGGAGCGGGCGCGCUUCAUUGUUGAGCGGGCCGAGCAGGAGCGGCAGGCCAACGUUAUCCGUGCCGAGGGUGAAGCAGAGAGUGCCGAGACCAUCAGCAGGGCAAUUGCCAAGAAUGGUGAUGGCCUGAUCCAGAUUCGAAAGAUUGAGGCCAGCAGAGAGAUCGCGCAGACACUGGCGAGCAACCCCAACGUGGCCUAUCUACCUGGUGGGAGCAAGGGGACGAAUCUGUUGAUGAACGUUGGAAGAGCAUAGGCGGGGAAAGGAGGCUGUUGGCAGGGGCAAGCAUGAAGGCACAGGUGAUGAUCGGGAUGGUCCUGUAUUACUACUCAAUGACUACUGUAUUCUCCGCUUCGGGACCGGUAUAAAUGCGAGCAUUGGCUUUUCGCUUCACGGCAUAGUGAACUUGGGUUUGAAAGGAGGAGAUGAUACCGUUGGGAUCGUCAUCAUUUUCCGGCCACAGACGUCCAAACUAUACCCACAGGUUUCACACUUGCAGUAACGUACACAGCCUUUUCAAUAUCAUGACUCUCAAAUCUAGAUACUUUCAUAUGAGGAUGUUUUGUGGCAAUUGGAGUGCUGUUGUGGCUUGACAUUGUGGUAGGUAGCAGG